UUUUUAAUUUAACCUAGCCGUUCAUAUAAAAUUUGGUUGUCUAAUGAAGACAUUCUGGCUUCGAAGAAAAUUUUCCUGGUGCCGUGUGGUGACAGAACCAUAUCGGAGCAUGCGCCUUCUAUUCUACUUGCAAAAAAGUACGUGUUCAGACUAAUCUAACGUAUUUUGUCUUGUACGCGUUCCGUUGCUCGGACCUCGUGGGACACGGAUCCGCCGCGGUAGCAGUCGGCUUUAUCUAGGCGUCCAAAACGAAUCGAAUGGCUGGCUACACCCGAACCCUGUCCGACUCCGUGGGCGCCUGCCUCUGUGUUUUGUACCCCGUUUUUCCCAAACUCCUUUGCCGCCGCCGCCGCCGCCGCCAGUCUCGCGCUCCGGCGAAGGGUGUUUAGUGUUUACCCAGGGGACCAUGGAGGAGUACGGAGGGGGAGACCUCCUGAGCGAGGCGAUGGGCUCUGCGGCGCGGGUGGUGGUGGUAGAGGACUGCGUGGAGGCCCCCGGGGCCUUCGUCCUCCACCUCCUCCUCAAGCGCGCGCUCGCCGGAGGCGGGGCAGCUGCCUUCCUCGCCCUCGCGCAGCCCUUCACCCAUUACGACCGCAUCCUGCGCAAGAUGGGAUGUAACCUUUCCCUGCAUAGAAGGAAUGAGAGGCUUCAUUUCUUCGAAUUGCAAGCAUUCCCAGGUGGAGCAAGGGAGGGUGCCAUUGCUGAUUGUUUUGUUCGACUGUACAGUGAAAUUCAAAGAGUGGUGGAGGCAACCAGGACCGGAGAAAAUGCAGGCCAAUUUACCAUCAUGUUAGACGAUGUUUCACUUUUGGAAGUUGCAGCCCAUGGUUCCGUAGACAAUGUGCUGGACUUCUUGUAUUAUUGUGUGACACUUACAUCUGAGAUGAAUUGCUCCCUGGUGAUCCUCAUCCACGAGGAUAUAUAUGCGGUUGAGGAGAACAUGGGUCUCCUUUUACAUCUGCGCCACAUUGCAGAUCUUGUGGUUAAAGCAGCACCUUUGAGCACAGGUUUGGCUGCUGAUGUUCAUGGACAGCUUUCUGUGAUCAACAAGGGUACGUUCAGCGAGCAAAGGGCAAAAGCGCAGAAAGUAUGGAGCUUCCAUUUCAAAGUGAAGGAGAAUGGUACCGACUUCUUCUAUCCAGGGAGCAGACACUAGGGAGUACUACUUUGUAAUUGUAAUACUGGCUACUUUGUAACUGUAAUACCGGCUGAGAUGACUUCUGUGUGAAAUCUGGCGUUGUUAUGCUUUGUAUGCUGCUAAUUCAGGUAGCACUACGAGUAAAGAUUCGUUGAAUCCUUUCUUCACAAACUUGCUUGUGCUCAAGCAUUCGCCACAGGCCCACAGCCAAGUGCAUAACAGACCUAUUUUGUAUCUCACAUUUCUUAUAGGAAACAGGAGGGGCAAGCCCCUACUUGUUUUACAUUUACAUAUGAGAGAAAAGAGAUUGCAGAGAAA